AUGGAUUACUCAGAGCAGGAUAAUCUCAACGGCAUUCGUUUCAGCUGGAACGUCUGGCCGACCAACAAGCUCGACCACACCAGGAUCGUCGUGCCUAUGGGAGCCCUAUACACUCCAUUGAAACAGACUAGCAACCUCAACUUUUUCGAAUACGAGCCUGUGCAGUGCCGAACCCGCGACUGUAACGCUAUACUGAAUCCUUAUUGUGUGGUCGAUCUGAGGUCCAAGACGUGGGCAUGCCCCUUCUGUCUGCAGCGUAACUCCUUCCCACAGAUGUAUGCCCAGGUUAUCUCUGAGACGAUGCUGCCUGCUGAGCUUCAACCCCAGUACACUACGAUCGAGUACAUCCUUCCUAACCAAGUUGCCCAACCGCCAGUGUUUAUUUUUACUGUGGACACGUCCAUCUACGAAGAGGAAUUGGAGCAGUUGAAGGACUCCUUACAGCAGUGCCUCUCUAUGAUGCCCCCAGAUGCUCUUGUUGGCCUCAUCACAUUUGGGACCAUGUGCUACGUCCAUGAGCUCGGCAACCAAGAUAUGCCUAAGGCAUAUGCCUUCCGAGGCACCAAGGAGAUCACCGCCCAGCAGGUGGCCCAGCAGCUAGGUUUUGCCGUACGUAACGACCCCCGGGGCAAUACCGGUGGUCAGAGUUCGAGAAGGUUUCUCCUUCCGAUUGAGGAGUGCGAGUAUGCGAUCAACAAUGUGCUCGAUGAUCUACAGAAGGACCCAUGGCCGGUAGCAUCAGGCAAGCGGCCACAGAAGUGCACAGGCGUCGCGCUGUCGGUCGCUGUGGGUUUGAUGGAGACUACCCAUAUGCAGCAGUCGGCUCGAGUGAUGCUCUUCACUGGUGGCCCCUGUACGAUUGGACCCGGCAUGGUUGUUGGAACUGAUAUGUCGGAGCCGAUCCGAUCACAUGUGGAUCUCCAACGGGAAGAGAAGAACGCGAGAUAUACGAAGGCGGCGAUGAAGUACUACAACAGCAUUGCCACUCGAGCUGCUCACGCGGGUAUGGCCGUUGAUAUUCUGGCCUGUAAUUUGGACCAAGUCGGGUUGUACGAGAUGAAGGGCGUGAGCGAGAAGACCGGUGGUGCCGUGAUCCUCAGCGAUAGUUUUUCGAUGCAUGUUUUCAAAGCGUCGUUCCAGAAGAUGUUCGAGCUCGACCAAGACGGGUACCUACAAAUGGGGUUCAACUCUAAGAUAGAUGUCCUAACAUCGAGGGAGUUCAAGUGUUGCGGCUGUAUUGGCGCGUGCUCCGGUGCGGGAAAGAAGACAGCAUCGGUGGCGGACACCGAGAUUGGUGAAUCAGGGACGACUCAGUGGACAAUGGGAGGGAUCGAUAGGAAUACUACCUAUGCAUUCUAUUUCGAACCAACAGCAACGCAAGCGGCAUCAGGUGGCGGACCGCGUCAGAGCUACCUCCAGUUCCAAACGCUGUAUAAUCAUCCCAGUGGACGGAGGCGUCUACGAAUUACCACGGUGUCGACGCGUUAUGCCGAGCAAAUUUCGGAUAUCGCUACGGGCUUUGACCAGGAGGCGGCCGCGGUCCUCAUGACGAGGUUUGCGGUGACCAAGUGCGAGAUGGAGGAUCCAUUGGAUGUCAUGCGAUGGGUGGAUCGUAUGCUCAUUCGUCUUAUCGCACGAUUCGCGGACUACAGGAAGGACGAGCCUAAUUCCUUCCGAUUGGCGAAGGAGUUCACCAUCUACCCUCAAUUGAUUUAUCAUCUGAGGAGGUCUUCUUUCCUCCAAACCUUCAAUGCUUCACCCGAUGAGACCGCGUAUUACCGUACCAUCCUCACGCGUGAGAAUACCAACAACUCCUUGGUGAUGAUCCAACCUGCACUCUUACAGUACUCAUUUGAGGAGGGUCCACCACAACCAGUCCUUCUGGACUCUACCUCUUUGAAGCCGAAUGUUAUCCUACUUCUCGACUCUUACUUCCACGUGGUCAUUUGGAGAGGAGAGACCAUUCAAGCUUGGUUCGAGGCAGGCUACCAGGACAAGGAGGAAUAUGCCAAUUUCCGACAACUUUUAGCCGCUCCCGAGCAGGACGCCAAGGCUAUUUUGAACGAUAGGUUCCCGGUACCUAAAUUUGUCCAGACGAGCCAGGGAGGUUCCCAGGCACGUUUUCUUACAUCCAAGGUUAACCCUUCAGUCACCCAAAACUCGGCGUCCGGAGGAUUCGGAGACGGCAACUAUGAUGGCUCUGUGGUCCUCACCGACGAUGUGAGCUUGCAGAAGUUCAUCGAAUGUUUGAUUAAACUCGCUGUACAGUCGUAG